AUGAUCAGCAACGCGCAGCGCAUCCAGUUCCUAGUUUCCCACGAGGAGGGAUUUAGCAGAUCUCGCCUGCCAGCACUCUACUCCGAUUUCCGCGGCCUGUUAAAUCACAACCCUGAAGGCUAUGCAGCCAACGUCUCGGCCUGGCGGCGCGGCCUGACAUCUCUAGUCCGACAGGGAAUGCUGCCGCCUGCGUCGUCGAAGCCAACGUCAUCGGCCGAUGCGAAACACGCUCCGACAGGGGCUUCUCGAAACCGCCUGAUCCUCUCCGCCGGCCCGCAGCUGCUCGACGCCCUGCAGAGCGACCGGUACGGCGCUCCGGACGCGCUCGAUGCUGUGCUUCGCGAGGCUGUGCAGGACCGCGACCUCGUACCUCUGACGGCCUUUCUGAGCGCAAAGGAGAGCAUAUACGGUCGCGGCGGUUCGUGGGCCUCGUGGGCCGCCGCCGUCCCUUGGAACGUGCUGUCCUGGGGUCUGCACCAGCUGGGUGGCCUCAGCGGCCUCAGCGGUCUCGGCAGUGGUAGUGGCGGUGGCAAGAUCCCGGCGCAGCAGCUUGUCGUGCUUGCCAACGUUGAGGAGGCAGCGACGGCGUUCAUCGAGAAGACGGCCGGUCUACGGUCGCGAUUCGAACGGACCUGGUCGGUGGCGCACUUCAAGCGCACGUUUGGCCAGCCAGGCUCGAUUCUGGACGACUAUGACGACUUCGACGAGCAGCUGCUGCAGCAGCAAGAAGAAGGAAGCAGCAGCCGCAAGAGAGCAGCGCUUUCCGGCGCAGACAUCGAUGUGCUGCUCGUGUUUUUGUCACGUGACAAGCACCUCGUUGCCUAUGACGGCCGGGUGGUGACGCUGCUCCAGGACGGCGGCGGUGGAAGUGGCUCGUCCAAGACGACAAGAACAACUGCCGUGGCCAUCACGGAAGAAGACAGCGCGGUGGCACAGCUGCGGGAGCUGCUGGAGUCGUUGACGCACCAGACAGACGUGUUGAGCCGGCGCGUGGACGAGCUGACGGCGACAGCUCGCGACGCGGCGACUGUACGCAAGAACCGGGUGGCAGCUCUGGCGGCACUGCGGCUCAAGAAGCAGACGGAGACGGCGCUGGCGACACGAUUCGCCACCCUGGCCCAGGUCGAGGCGGCGGCUGCCCGUAUCGAACAGGCCGCCGACAACGUGCAGGUUGUGCAGGCCAUGGAUGCCAGCGCGAGCGCGCUGCAGUCGCUCAACGCGCAGGUCGGGGGUGCCAGCGGCGUCGAUGAGGUGGUCGAACGCCUGCGCGAACAGAUGGACGCUGCUGACGAGAUUGGCCACAUCCUCGCCGAAGAGGCCGGCGGGUCGGCUGCUCUAGAAGUCGACGACGCUGAGAUCACCGCUGAAUUGGCUGCCCUGGAAGAGCAGCAGAUGCAGAAGCUGCAGGGACAGACGCGCGUCCACGACGAGGACAAGGAGGCAGCUGCGCAGGAGACCAUGCGACGUCUCGCGGCCGUUGGCCCCGUCCCCGACAGCGUCCCAGUGCCAGACCACUUCUCUGAGGGCGCGCUGGAGGCUGUGUUGGAGGCUGAGACUACCGCCAGCUUGCGCGGGCUGUCGAUCAACGAACCGCCGGCCAGCUGA